GUCAUCAGUUCAUGUCUCUUCUACAUCUACUUCUACUCCUACUACUUCUCCUUUGAUUAUUGAGCAAGGAAAAGAAGCACUCACUCUUGUAACAUGGAAAUCCAACCUUCAUACUCAAUCACAAUAUUUCCUUUCUUCUUGGUCUGGAGCUUCCCCAUGCAAUCAUUGGCUUGGAGUUACUUGCCACAAGUCAGGAAGUGUCUCCAGUUUAAACCUUAAGAGUUGUGGUCUAAGAGGAGAGAUACCACAACAGCUCGGAGAAUUACAAAGCUUGGAAACAUUGAAUCUCUCCCAUAACAGCCUCUCGGGUACCAUCCCACCCACUUUUGAUGAUUUGCGAGGCCUGACAUCUAUAGAUAUAUCCUACAAUCAGUUGGAAGGUCCGCUACCCAACCUCAAAGUCUUUCGAGAUGCUCGAUUUGAGGCAUUAAGAAAUAACAAAGGUUUGUGCGGUAACAUCACUGGUCUCGAGGCAUGCAACACCGGCAGAAAGAAGGGGAACAAAUUUUUUAUUUUGAUUAUACUCCUUAUUUUGAGCAUUCUAUUGCUUUCAUUUAUUUCUUAUGGAAUUUAUUUUCUUCAUCGAAGGGUAAGGAGUAGAAAAAUUAAUUCUAGAGAAGUAGCAACUCAUCGAGAUUUAUUUGCAAUUUGGGGCCAUGAUGGGAAAAUGUUAUAUGAACACAUCAUUGAGGGGACUGAAGAUUUCAACUCAAAAAAUUGUAUUGGCACUGGAGGAUAUGGAACUGUUUACAAGGCCGAGUUGCCUACAGGUCAAGUUGUUGCUGUGAAAAAACUUCACUCAACACAAGAUGGAGAUAUGGCUGAUCUGAAAGCUUUCCAAAGUGAGAUUCAUGCUUUAGCAGGCAUACGGCAUCGCAACAUUGUCAAGCUUUAUGGCUUUUGUUCAUGUUCACAAAACUCAUUUUUGGUUUAUGAGUUCAUGGAAAAGGGAAGUUUGAGAAACAUUCUAAGGAACAAGGAAGAAGUAACAGAGUUUGAUUGGGUUUUGAGGCUAAAUGUUGUCAAAGGCAUGGCUGAAGCUUUAUCUUAUAUGCACCAUGAUUGCUCCCCUCCUUUAAUUCACCGAGACAUAUCGAGCAGCAAUGUUCUAUUAGAUUCAGAAUAUGUAGCUCAUGUAUCCGACUUCGGCACAGCUCGGCUUCUGAAGUCAGACUCAUCUAAUUGGACUUCAUUUGCAGGAACUUUUGGUUAUAUUGCUCCAGAACUUGCUUAUGGCUCCAAGGUGGACAGUAAAACAGAUGUUUAUAGCUUUGGAGUGGUAACAUUGGAAACAAUUUUGGGAAAGCAUCCUGGGGAACUCAUCUCAUCGCUCUUUUCAUCAGCGUCCUCGUCAUCCUCAUCACCAUCAACUGUUUAUCAUUUACUGUUGAAUGAAGAGAUAGACCAACGUCUCUCACCUCCUAUGAAUCAAGUGGCUGAGGAAGUAGUGGUUGCAGUGAAGUUAGCACUUUCAUGCUUGCAUUCUAAUCCCCAAUCUCGACCAACCAUGCGACAAGUUUGUCAAGCACUCUCAACACGGUGGCCGCCAUUGUCAAAACCAUUCUCCAUGAUUACUUUAGGCGAACUGCUUGGUCAUGGAGGUGAAACUACUUGAGGGUCUUCACUUAUCCUUGCAUAUAUAUUUGUUGUCAUGCAUUGUGUGCGCCUUGGAUUUUACUUUUCAUUGUCUCUGUAUUAUGUUUUCUUAUUUCAGUCAAGUAUAGUUUGCACAAAAAGGUUUUGCAUCUUGCUUUAUAAAUCAAUGCA